AUGAGAGCCCAACAACAAGAGCAGCUGGCCAAGCUGUCCAACGAGUUCCAAACUCUUCAAAGAGAGCUGUCCAAUCUGAUCGAGUCAAGGCAGAAGCUGGAAGCCCAAUCAAACGAGAAUGAGGCCGUUGCGAAAGAGUUCCAAAAGCUGUCACUGAAUGAGAAGAUCUACAAGCUGGUAGGCACGGCCCUGCUGCUGCAAGAGCAAAACGAAGCGAAGCAGAAUGUCGAGAAGCGGCUUGAGCUGAUCCGCGGCGAUAUGAAGCGGACGGACCAGCUAAUCCAGGCAGCAGAAAGCAAAAUGGAGACCAAGAAAAACGAAAUCGUGCGCAUACAGACGCUAACAGCAGCACAGGCCCAGGCAGGCGAAGUGUGA